AUGAAUAGCAGAACAGUCAUACUCUUGGUAUUAGUCUUUAGUGCUGUUUCCGUAUUCGGAGAGCCUGUUGUGGUGUCUUAAUCAUUUACAGGAAAUGCAUUUGAGGAUGCAGAUGGUAAUAUCGAUAAAAUAAUUUGUAAGGUUGGGUUGUCGGAGGUGCUCCAGCUCAUGUAACAGAGUGUAGUGGCACAAAAAUGUUUGGAGGUUUCGGUAAAUUUGGUGCCAGGGCAGUUGCAAGUAAAUUAUUUGAGUUGCCUCCUCAUUCUUCAAUAAACUUGAAGGUUUAAUUUUGGAAGUAUUUUGAUUUGAUUAUAUAUAUAUAGAAUAGAUUCAUGGGAUAAUGAAGAAGGAUACAUUUUUGUAGAUGAUUAAUUAGUAUGGUCAAGAAAAUUUAGACAUAAUGAAGGAGAUGGUUAAAAGUGUGGAAAAGGUGGAGAUUGGAUGGAAAUGACACUUAAUCUUAACUUAAAUAUAAAACAUACAGGACCAACAGCUGUUGUAGUAUUUACAUCAAACUUGAAUGAAGCCGCUGAUAAUGUAAUUAUUUAGAUGUAUUAUAAUUAGGAAUCUUGGGCUAUUAGAGACUUUGUCUUAUCAGUAGAAAGAUGUCCAGAGGGUUGCUCUGCUUGUUAAGUUGAUGAUAAGGAAGAAAAUUGUUCAUUCUGGUAAUCAUUUUCAAGUAGUUGGGGAUCUUUAGAUGCUAAUUAAUUAGGAGCUGAUGGUUGGGAAAUUGCAGGAGGAGAAAAGUCAGCUACUAAUUGUGGAGGUAAUUUAUAAAUAUUAUUAAUUUCAAGGUGUUGCUUUAUUUGGUGGAUUUGAUAAGACAGGUCGUAAAGCUGUUGUUAGCAAAGUCUUAAAAGUCAAUCCCCAUUACAAAUUAAAGAUUAAAGUACUUUGGGCUAAGAUUGAUUCUUGGGAUAAUGAAGCUGCUUAAAUUAAAGUAGAUGGAAAAAUGGUUUGGGAAAGAAGAUUUUAAUGGCAUGAAGGUUACUUUGGAAAGAUUUGUGGUUGCCCAAUUUUUGAAUGGAAAACUAUGUUUGCUAGAACAGAAGUUGAUAUUGAUCAUACUGGUGAUUAAGCAAGAGUUGAAUUUACAACUACUCUUGAUGAAGCACCAAAUAAUGAAUCAUUUGGUUUGAGAGAUUUAUAUAUCUAUUAUGCCUCCUGUUCUGAAAAUUGUGCUGAAUGUACAGGACCAAAAGAUUCUGAUUGCAAAAGUAUUUUAUAUUUAUUAAAAUAAUAGAAUGUGCUAAUAAUUGGGCUUUAGUUGGAGGUAAAUGUUAAGCUUUACCAAAUUUCAUUCUUUUAGAAUAAUCAUUUUUAGAAGAUAAAUUUACAGGAAUUAAUGGAUGGAUUUUAGAUAAAAAUAAGGGUGGAAAAUAAAUCAAUGAAUGCAGUGGAAAAUCUAUGGUAGGAGGUUUUGAUAUUAUGGGUCGUGGUGCUAGUGCUACAAAGACAUUUGAUGUACCACCUCACAAAAGACUCAGACUUUAAUCUACAAUUUAUAAAAUUGAUUCUUGGGAUGGAGAAUUUAUGAUUAUCAAAGUUGAUGGAACUGAUGUUUGGAAGACAUCAUGGAAUCUAUAAACUGGAGGUGCUAAUUUCUGUGGUUAAGGAAUUUGGUUUGAUGGUAUUGUAGGAGUAGAUCAAAUAUUUAACCAUUAAGCUCCUAAAGCUGAAGUUGUAUUUACAUCCACCUUAGAUUAAGAUGCUGCAGAUGGUAAGUAUUUAUUUUCUAUCAUUUAGAAUCAUGGGGUUUCAGAGAUUUCAAAUUAUGGUAUGAACCAAAAGAAGCUUGUGCAGUUUUCUAUAGUGAAUGUGAUUACAAAGGAGCUUCAUUUGAAUUCUGCUCUAAAUCACCUAAUUUCUAAAAGGAUAACAUUCCUCCAUAAAUUAGAUCCAUUAGAGUUCCACCUUAAGGAAGAGUUACUCUAUAUGAGAGCACAGAUUAUAAUGGAAAGAAAGUUACCUAUACUUCAGACCAAGCUUGCAUUUAAAACUUCGAUGUAUCUAUUUCAAAAUAUUUAUUUAGUUUUCACUUAUUUAAAUGAGUGGUCAUGUUGAAGGAGGCUGGGUUGAAGUUGAAUAAUGA